GCCACAAAGAUGGCGGAGUCGGAGGAGGAGGUGGACGUCUUGGUCCAGAGAGUUGUCAAAGACAUCACCAACGCCUUCAAGAGAAACCCCAACAUUGAUGAAAUUGGUGUGAUCCCGUGUCCGGAGGCCCGCUGCAACCGCAGUCCCAUCGUGCUGGUGGAGAACAAGCUGGGCGUCGAGAGCUGGUGCGUCAAGUUCCUGCUGCCAUAUGUCCACAACAAGCUGCUGCUGUACCGCCAGCGCAAGCAUUGGAUGGACAGGGAAGCUUUAGCGGACAUCACCUGCACCCUGUUGCUGCUGAACCCGGACUUCACCACCGCAUGGAACGUCAGGAAGGAGCUGCUGCAGUGCGGAGCUCUCAACCCAGAGAAGGACCUCUACCUGGGCAAGCUGGCCCUCACCAAAUUCCCCAAGAGCCCGGAGACGUGGAUACACCGACGCUGGGUGCUGCAGCAGAUCCUGCGUCAGUUCUCCGCCGUGGGCCGCAGCCGGAAGCUUCCGCAGGGCGACACGGAGCAGGCCGACGCGGACCGGAGCCAGCGGCUCAGUGACCAGCUGGCCAGGACGCUCCAUCAAGAGAUGAAGGUGUGCUCCGACGCCGCCUGCCGCUAUCCCAGCAACUACAACGCCUGGUCCCACCGCAUCUGGGUGCUGCAGCACAUGGCCAAGGGCAACGUCAAGGUGUUCCACGAUGAGCUGUCCUCUAUGUGCCUCUGGGUGUCCAUGCACGUGUCUGACCACAGCGGCUUCCACUACCGCCAGUUCCUCCUCAAGGAGCUGAUCACUGAGCUCUCCCAGACUCCAGCUUCCACCACCAGUUCGCCCCAGCACCGGUGCAGUGCAGUCCCCAGCAGCAGCCCCCCGCACCACGGCCACGACCGGGCCAACGGGGAGCUGUCGGGAGCGGAGGCAGCGGGCGAGGAGGAGAGGCAGCUCGGCUCCACCGCGGUCCUUCAGCUCUUCCACCAGGAGGUGGAGCUGUGCUCUGACCUGAUCCGGUCCUUCCCAGGUCACGAGACGCUCUGGAGUCACAGGCGGCACGUCUACUACUUGUGGCACCACUGGAGGAGGGAACACCAGCACCACUGUGGCAGCAACGGAGGCAGCGAGCCGGACUGCCUCAACAACGGCGACCCGGGCCCGCCAAAGGCCUGUGCCCAAAGCCCGGGGGGAGAGGGUGUGAACGGACAGAGGCACGCAGGCGAAGCCAUGGAGGUGGACGGGGUAUCCCUGCCGGACCCGCGUGACAGCAAGCGGCUGAAGCGGGGCGUCCAGCCGCCCAGCGCCCCCGCCCUGCCCUCCGAGCACGGCUUUGUGAGCGGCAUCCUGGACGGCUGCUGUCACCCCGAGCAGAGACGUUUCGCCCUGGCGUACAAGAAGUGGUUGGACACUGUCAUCGGUCAGCAGCCUUGAGAGGGAGGGAGAACAGUUAGCCCCCUCAGUCUUUGUCAACGUUGGAAGUUGCCUUUAGACACAGAUGUAGGAUCAGCUUACCUAGCGCUGACUUUAACUCAAAGUGCUGACUUUAGAAGCUAGUCUCUGGGGCAGCGGGGCUGUGAGCAGAGAGGAUGGGGUCCUUAAGAGUCUGACCUUUGAAACAUCUGGAUUCUCUGGAGCUUCAUCUGAGCCGGUACCCCCUUCAGAAUGGAAAUCUGCACAAAUGGAGCCGAUAGGCCUGCUCUGUGUCUGUCAGUAGAUUCUCUUCUUAUUCCAGGUGUCUCGAUGCCUCAGGUCAACUUAACACUGAAUUUAUUAUUUUAAUCUGUUUUUUUUGUUUUUUUUACAUCUAUAAGUAUUACUUAAUCUUUGUUCAUAUAAGUCAGCAUAGAAAGAAAAUGAAGCUGCCACAGGAGGAGGGACUUUGCAAAGGUGAGAGCAGAGCAGAAUUUACACUGAACGCUAAAAAGCAAUGAAAUACAAACACAUUUAAAAAAGGGCGUUUUUAGCUUCACUCCAGCUUCACAUUCAUAACUAUUUAGACGAACGCGUUAAAAUCCACUCGCUUGUUGCAGUGGCAGGUUUUAAGCACAGCCAGACUCCUGGUUUGUUUUUUUUCCUCUGAAGUUCUUUAAAUGUUCCAUUCUGAAGGCGGUAACAUUUGUUCCUGGUCCUUGGUCGCUGCUCCUGGGUCAGGUCUUCACUAGUUAACGCUGUCAGUAAGUCCCAACUAUGUAGCUAAGUUACAGUAGCUUGCAACAGAAAGCCAAACAGCUAGUCGUCAGCUAAAUAACAGGUUAUGUCUGCUACGUGGAAAGUCUUGGCUGACUUGUCUUACCUUCUGCUAAACCCGACGCACUAAAUCUACAGCAGCGGUACUGAUGCUCCACUUCGAAGGACAGAGUCUCCCCGACAUUCACUGGUGCUACAUGCUGCCGUUUCUACUUCACCCGUCACAGAAAACUGAGCAGCACUUUGGACUAUUUGAUGAUUAUAGGCAAUCAUUGUUCUGUGGGGUAAACUACUUUUUUUGAAAUGACGUCUGUUACUUUGCGCCGGGCUAGUUAGCAAUAGUCCUAGCUACUUUUAUGUCACUACGUUGUACAAAAAUAGAGGUAAACAUCUAAAAGGUCAACAUCUACGUUGUCUUUUUUGUUUUGUUGAGGAAUAAUUUAUAGCACUUAAAAGUUGUGACACGCUGUAUCUGCACAGUCCAUCCCUUCAAACGAGAGGCGAAGUCCCUCCCCUUCCGAGUCCCCGCCUUAUUUCGGAAAAAAUAUGUACUAUAGUCAACGGCGGAUGUUUGUGAAUUGAAAAGAUAAUUUAGCAUGUCCAGAAAGUCCCUGUUUGUCAUCGUACCAUUUAGCUUUGUGUGAAAGCGCUUGUCUCGCCAACAGUUAGCUAGCUAACUUAGCUACGUUACAUGCAUAUGUAACUGUAUGCAAAUGUAACGUUAUCUUACCUGAUGUGUUCCGUCCAGCGACUUUUUGUCCGCCGGGAAUGGAAAGAACGAGCGAGUCUCGUUGGUGCGAGUACAUCCUGGUACCAAACACACCACUUCAGAGAGAGAGACGGCACUCUCAGCCAAUGCCCGUGUAGUGUCUCUAAUAACGUUUUUUAAGUCUUAAACAUCAACAGUCUUUACGACAAACUGAAGUCUUUUGACGUCAAAUCAUCUUUUUAAUUGUCAAACAUCAUAUGUGUAUUAAUGGCACAAUUCUAACAACAUAUUAUUUAUCUCUUGCCGUUGACUACCCACAUUUGUUUUCUUCAAAAUAAGAUCCCAUGGUUUUCCACCAGAAGGGGCGGGUCUUUGCCUUCGCCUCUCUAUAAUGUAGAAGGUGAAAAUGAAAGCUCAGUGGGCGGUGGGCCCUUGAUGCAGUCUGGGCGCCAUCACAUCUGUAUAUAGAGGUACGAUCGGAUCGCCAGCAUUGGCUCAUUCUUAAAGACGUGAAGGUGGAUUCGAGGGGAACAACAAAAAUGGUUUUAGUGGCCACUGUGCACAGGCUUGCUAGCCAGAAUGACCCCAUCACAUGUCUCCAUGUGCUUCCAUGUAACCCUUACCACGUUGUACUCGGCUUCUUUUAGGAACUACAAUGUUAAGAGUUGUAAAGUAAGGCGCUUUAUCACCUCAAAAUCACUGUGUACAUGAUCAUAGAUAAUCUUCAAACUAGUAUUUUUGAGCCAUGUAUUCUUUAGGUUUGUUCGAGAACGGGUGCAUAUCAGAACUGUAUGGGGGGGUUUAACGGUGCAGACCUAGAACACAAACUUUGAAUACAAGACUAUCUAUGCAGAAAAGUGUUUUUUUUUUUUUUUUUUGUUUGUUUUUAAAGGUUCAACAAGCUUUUAAAAAGAAUAAUGUAGCUUCUGUUUUUGUUUUUUCUAAUUUAUUCUUCAGUGUACUUCAGUGGAGGGUACGUCCUUCAUGAAUAAUCCCCAUAGCAUCUCAGUCAUUCUCUAUUUAUUUAUAGAGGUAAAGUCUUUCAUCUUUACUUUCACUGUUUUGUCUUGUCUGCUUACCUAGGAAUAAGGGUAUUUAGAGGUGUGUGUGUGUGUGUGGGGGGGGGGGUUUGUGUGUCACGGUCACUUAAUAAACUACUGUGCUGGGGAAUAUGUUGACACACACACACACACAUGGCUGAAAAAUAAAUGAAAUGCCUUGUAUCAUGGUGUA